AUGGUUUUAUCUCAACAUUUAGUCACCUAUUUUAUUGGAAAAGCAACUGCUGAGAUAUUAUUUGAAAAAUUAAUUCAAGCUUUAGAUCAAGCUAAUUUACCAUUGAGUAAAAUGUUGAUGUUAGGAUCUGACGGCCCGAAUGUUAAUAAAAAAGUGGCACGCUUAAUGAAUGAAGAAGUAGUGACCUGUAGAAAUAUUAAAUUAAUUGAUAUAGGCACUUGCAAUAUACAUAUAAUUCAUAAUGGAUUUCUUAAAGGUGUAGGUAAAUUUGGUGAAGAUGCAUCUCAGUUAAUUGUUGCUGUUUACUAUUAUUUUAAUGGAUGGCCAACCAGAUGGGAGGAGUUUACACGUAUUUUAGAAAAAUUAGAUCUACCAAUACUUCAUUUCAUAAAGCAUGUACCCUCAAGAUGGUUAACAAUCUAUAAUUCUUCCAAAAGACUUAUUGAAAACUGGACAGCAGUUGAAAAAUAUUUUUUGGAUUUUAUACCAAAAGAAAAAUCGUCCCUAUUAUCAACAAAUAGUUAUAAAAAAAUAAGAGAAGCUCUUAUUACACCAAAUAUGAAAUGUGAAGUGUUGUUUUUACAAAGUAGUUCUCAAAUAUUCACAAAUUACACUGGAAAUAUGCAGAAAGAAGAGCCUCUUGUGCAUAUUAUGUACAGUGAACUUAACACAUUAAUGUACAUAUUAAUGAGUAAAAUUUUUAAACCAGAUAAAAUUCCCAAGUCUUUUUCAAAUGUAAACGUUGAUGAAUUGUUUAAAAUUGAAAAUCUUGUAAUAGUAAAAAAUGUGGUUGUAAGUGAAAAAAUUAAAGAAGAAUUUAAAAUUUUAAAAACAACAGAAAAAGAUAUGUUAAUAUUUUUGAAAAAUGCACAGCAACACUAUUUAGAAGCAUGCAAACAUAUUUUGUUAAAGUCAUCAAUUACAAAUUCUUUUCUAAAAAAUUUGCGUUGUCUAGGUCCCACAGAAAGAUGUAAGAAUAGAAGUAUUAGCCAAUUGUUAAACAUUUGUAAAUAUUUGCCUUUCCAUGUUGAUACAGAUGUUUUAAUAAACGAGUGGACGCUAUUAAAACUGGAAAAAGACGAUGAAAAAUCUGCUGAAUUGAGAAUAGAUCAUUAUUGGAAACAAUUUUUUACCAAAACAAAUUUAUCAGGAGGUGAGAAAUAUCCAAAUGUGUCAAAAAUUGUCAAGGCUUGUUUAUCUCUAGUCCAUGGAAGCGCUGACAUAGAACGAAGCUUUUCUUGUUCGGGUAGGAUUUUAACAGAAGAUCGAGCAUCAAUGUGUGAAAGGACAUUGAAUGCGAUUCUUUAUAGUAAAGAUGCUCUAAAACAUUACAAUAACAAAUUACAUUUGGUAUUAAUUACUAAAGAACUUAUAAAUAUGGCUAGAGGAGCAUAUUUACAUUAUAAAGAUUAUUUGGAAGACAAGAAAAAAAUUCAAGAACAAAAUAAAAAAACCGAAGAAGAAGAAUUGGCCAAAACAUCACUGUUUGAAGAACAACAAAAACAAUUAAAAGAAGAUAAAAAUAAUAUAAUAGAAAAAGAAAAGUCACUGAAAAAUUUAAGAUAUGAAGAAAAUAGGAAACGCCAUGCAGCGGACAAAUUGUUUUUUGAAGCCAAUAAACGCUUAAAAACAGCUGUAUCAAAUAACAAUAUUGCAGAAGUUGAAAUUGCUCAAGCUAUGCUUGACGGUGUAAACACAAUUCGCAAAGAAGAAGAAAUCAAGAAAAAAGAAGCAGACACUCUUCAAAAUAUAUUGGAAAAAAAGAAAAUAAAGCUCAUAGAUAGUUUGUCCAAUAAAAAUGAAAAAAAAUAA